AUGUAUUCAUCUAGUUAUACUUCACCUAAUAGAAUUAUUGAUAGUGAAUGUUUUGAAAAAGGCAAUCUAUUUUUGGGUAUGAUUGGUUAUAUUUAAAUAGGAAAUAAACAUUCAACUUCAAUAUAGCAUUUAGAAUAAUUAUAAAUUGGUGCCAUAUUAACUGUAGCUGAUGAUAUAAAUAUAAAUUUACCAAAUAGGAAUCAUCUUAUCAUAAAAGCUUAAGAUGUUCCAGAAUACUAGAUUUGUAAUUUAAAAAAUCAAUCUCAAUUAGGUCUGCAUUUUAAUGAAUGUUUAUAAUUUAUAGAAUAAAAUCUAUAACACACUAAUGUAUUGGUGCAUUGCUUUUAUGGUGCUUCUAGGUCAGCAACAAUUGUGGUAGCAUAUUUAAUGAAAACACAAAAGUAAUAACAAUCUAAUUAUUUAGAUUAAAAGCCUAAGAGGCACUCUAAAGAAUUAAGACUAUCAGAAAAAUUGCAUGUCCGAAUAAUGGAUUUAUUUCGUAAUUAGAGAAUUUCGAAAAAGAGUCUUUAUAAAUUUGA